AUGAAGGAAAACACCACACCGGCAGACACAGCUCUGCAUGACAACGGUGGACAGAAGACGCCGAAGAAGGCCACCAAGGACAUGACCACCAAACCUGAGGAAAGUAAACUUGAGAAGAUAUCCAAAGAGAAGUUACCUAAGGAGAAGGUCCCCGAGGAAAAGACCCACGCAGAAACACAGAAGAAGAAGCCAGAGCCACUUUCCAUCAAAAUGCAUGUCCCCUGGAGUGUGCGAUUGGACCCCUUCGUCCGACCCGACGAUGCCAAGUAUGUCGAGAUGAAAAGGUAUUUUACGAAGCUCGUGCGGAAUCCAGGCACGACUAUGGACCAGAUUCUGAAUCAACAUUUCACACCUCACGAAAUCAAUAAGUUCGUCCCGACGAACGAGGGCAACUUCGCAAAGCUUCAGAAGAACAACACGGAGGAUUUUCAAUACCUGCUGAACUCUACCUUCAAGAACGAGAAGCCUACACUGGAAACGAAGUUGGUAAUGAUGUACUUUGGGCUUCCGGUGGCUCCGAUGAAGAUGCUUGGUAUUGAUAUCGCCAACUCCGACGAUUUGGACGACCUAGAGGAACCUCGGCCCAUUAUUCGUAACCAGCUCGACUUCCUGGACGACUGGUCACAGCGGACGUACGGGGAAGAUCCCUACCAUGUCGAUAGGAGUAAAACUCGUCUGCUGAUGUCGAAGCCUCUGAAGCCACUAGGCUUACGCGGAGGUGGGCUCGAUGAAGACGAGAUGCAGGACAUAUGGUCGGAUGACGAUGAGUACUCGGCCGUGUGUGAAAGCCAAGCUAAUCAACAGCUUGCCUUAUGUAGGGGUGGUGACGCCCAGCCCAGCAAGGUCGUCGUUUACGGACGUCAAGGUUCUAUGGCCGUCGAUGCAACCUGGGGUCAAGGUGGUAUUGCUCCUGCAAUUGUUGAGUUGCUCUCUCUGAGGUCCAACGAACACAUCGAUAUUUGUAUCGAUUUGUUUGAUGGAGAUAACUGUCUUCAGUUCUUCAAGGGAAUUUUCCUCCAGCCUUGGGAUCAGUACGCAAAGAGCAAGGAAAACACGAUCACAUCAUUUUUCACGGACAAAGUGUUGUCGCUGUCGCACCCUGCCUGCUUCGUCCGACUCGCCGCUGACGAAGCUCCUCCAGCCCUCGAGCCGGGCCUUGGAAGUGGUGUAGCUAAACUCGUUCUCGAAACUCGAAAUCGUCCGGCCAUUACGGCGUACCUAAGAACCCCUACCACGCCUACCGUCUCCAACACGUCAUCGCAGUAUGUGGUUGAGUACCAGAGAUCUCUUGGUGUCUUCUUCUCGAAUAAUAUGGAAGGAGAGAAGGUACGUCACCAGUACUUGCGGAUGCGAACACUUCCGGAGGAGAAGCGCAUCUCAGGCAAAGAAACAGAUGAGAAGGUCUAUACCUGUCAGGACAUCACAGAAUCCGUGGUCCAGCAGAUUGCGACUCAGGCAGCCACCGGAAAUGUCCCCUCCAUUGAAUUGAAGCCCGAAGACAUCAACACCAACAAGAUUCCCAUCAUCACCCCCGAUGAUCAAGGCUGGGUAAGCGAGACUCAGGCAGUUACCAAGACCCAAUUAUGGGAAACAGAUUGGAUCUGCCGGGCUACCCAAGACGCCUGGGCCUCCAAAUUAACGGGGGCGUCAAAAGUUACCAGCAUAGAGUUUUGGGUACCAGCCGAGGACUUUCACAACCUUGAUGUAUCUCCGAUCAUCGUCAGUCUCACGACAAAUGGCGACCCAACUGCCGCAGGCCAUGGUGCGUGGAUUGAUAGGAUCAAUGCUUUCAAAGCCGAAGAUCCAGAACACUACAACAAGGGAUUCGCCGUGGUGGCUAGACCGGUGUACAACUCGUACCGCCUUCAAGCCCCAGCCUGGGAGACGGUCAAAGGACAUAGCGCAUACCAUGAUUUCAAACUGAUGGAGCAAGAUCUGGAGCUUUUCAAGGAUCAGAUCAGUAUCUACUUGUUCCAGAACGGUUACGACAAGUUUGAACAGACCCAUGUGCUUCGUCUCCAGCCAGAGGGUGGCAUAUCUGGGCACGUGGUCCGACACGAUACGACCGAGGAUGAAUGGAAGCGCAUUCAACGACGCAUUAUAACUGACAGGAUUAACGUCGAGGCGUCCAUCGCGCCACAUGAGGCAUCCCUUGGGGCGAGGGCGGAGAAAGAUACGAAAUGGGACGUUAACCCGCUGUCAUACUGGGGACCCUGCUAUGACGUAGAGGUCGGCCCUGACAUUCCCAUGCCGGACGCCCUUCUUGAAGAGCGCGCAGCAAGGCAAGCGCGUGGUCAAGAGGUCCAGGAGAUACACGACGCCUUAGGGAAGAAUUUCAGGUAUCAGCAGAUGGGGGAGGACCACACCACGGCGUCGAUAAAAGCGACCCACGAUAUGAGUGACGAGGGAAGGCAAAAUAGUCAUGAGGAGAUUAAUGUCUCGGCCGCUCGGAACGGGAAUCGUAAGACAAGUGAUGAGAAAGGGCAAAAGAUCCGAGAGGAUAUGGCCGCGGCCAGCAAAACUAGACUCAAGAAUGAUUCUGAUAAGACGCGAAAGGAAGAAAUCGCUAGACUGCUCAACAGGGGCACCCACAACCUUCGGGGCGCAAUCGACCACGUCUCGAUGCGUGCCCAGGCAUUCUGGGAUCCGCCCAGCGUCUAUGCCAACCCACUCAAGCCGGCCAUGCCCAUCCAUGGACCACCGAUGGAGUCUGUCAUAAAGACAGGCCCAAGCGUACCAGAAGUCAGUCUGGCCAUGCGAACCCCAACUGAGAUGGCCCGUCUUCAACGAGAGGUACACAUGCUCCGCGGACAGAUCCUGGACCGUGUUCGGGAGUGUCCCUACCAGGGUUGCGACAAGUAUUUAGCAUACAGCGAUGCUCUGGAGAUGGAUCGCCACUUGAACCAGGACCACUACAUCUUGAAGUGCUUUUUCUGUUGCCCCAAGACGGAUCACCGACUGCAGUACUUCAAUGAGGAGCAGAUCAAGGCCCACAUCGCCACCGAACACUACGAAGAGCUCAAGCAACUUGGCCAGGUCCCCGUGGAUACCGGUGGUGAGUCCUUGCAGGAAGGCUCACUGGCUUUGACUGAAAACUGUGAUCGCGACGCUAUGGUUGCCAUUGAGACCAAGAAGAAGGUGUUAUUCUCCUUUUGCGAUCGUUGUGGUCGUGAUCAGAACCUGUGUCGGCAGGAAGGAGACUAUAUCAACCACAAACUCAAGUGUAAGAUGUUCGAGUUCUCGCCGGACGAUGUCCGAUACGGAGAAAGGCCAGCAUACUGUGCAACGUGCGGGUACAAGUUAGGAUGUAGCCUGGGUAACCGGCAAUGCACCCGAGUAGGCUGUCUAACGUAUGGCCCUAAUCCCCAAGAGGAGAAUAACUUUUGCAAGGAGUGCGGCUACGGUAUCCGUCACCUGACCGAAAAAGACAGAAUUCAGCACUUACUAGGCUGCCGACCUUGUGGUGGUUGGACAUGGGAUUACUGCGGUUUCUGCGGCGUUCAACUGGCCCACCUUGGCGACGCAAAGAAGUGCGAGCACGGCUGGUGGUGCGAUGCCCGUCCACGGCCGAAGCCCGUCAGGUGCCCUUCCGAAAUGUGCCAGAGCGUCAUUCUCACCUCGCCCGAACAGGCUAUCGCGCACUUCAACUUUGAGCAUAACGUCCAUCACAGCUGUCUGUGGUGUGGGAAGAACUGGAGCAAGAACCGCUCCGAGGAGUGGAUUGAUGACAAGAAACUCCGCCAUUUCGCCCAGCACAUGCAUCAGUUUGCGCCGUUGUUCAUCGAAGUCGAGGGCGACCAGAGUCCAAUGGGCGAUAGAUGUCCGUACUACGAGCAGUGCGGCAGCAUCACCACCAACAUGAAGGAAUCUCAGUACUUGGCCCAUAUGAAACAGCAUGGGGUUGAUGAGGAUGGGGUACGCAACCCAGAUCUUGACGUUUACAGCCGUACCGAUCAUAUUUUUUAUCCAACGGGUGUGCCCAACCGCCGCUUCAACGAUCCGCCAAUUUCUAUGUUCGGUUUCCGAGAAGCUGAGGAAGGGGAUAUCGUGGAGGCGCGGAGACCUGCCUCGCCCAAUUGGGCACAGAUGGGGCCGGAGUCAGACUCAUUUAUGCCAGAGCCUCACUGGAGUUGUUCGAGAUGCUUCAGGCCGGCAGGGAAGGAUCCUGAGGAAAUUGCCCGCCACUCGGAUCCCCACCUAUCCUGCAAGAUCCGACGUGCCAAGGGAUAUAUAGGGUCCCCGAGACUCGUGCCAAACCGCAGCGGCUGGAUUAAUUUUGAUGAAGUAGACAUCGAUCCUGCUAAAUGUCGUGAUGACUUCAUCAAGAAGUAUCCAGCUUACCUCUACACCAUGUUCCCUGCCAAUCCAAGGAACGUUAUCAAGGUCUACGGUGAUAAGCCUAACCGCGGCGAGGACCGUGAUGACCCCAACUUCGACGAGGAAGGGGUCGUGCUAGAUCACAUCCAAAGCGGGAGUUGGUACUUGCCAUGGCCGCCCUACGAGGGUCGUGUCAUACCCAUGACAGUUCCCGAAGGAUUUGAUCCUCGUGCCAACCAGCUCGCACUACAACGCUCUUCUCAGUCAGAUAAGGGCGAACUAAAAAUCGAGCAUAAAUCGCCCGAAACGAGGCCCUCUCCGGUGAAGGUGCAGCGGAAGAGGAAGAUUCAGUAUGACUCCGAAUCUAGCCUGGAAGCCGUCAAAAAGCCCAAGAAUGUCGCCAACAAACGCAAACGCCCCCUCAUGCUCGACGACACAGACUUUUUAUCGGAUGUUACGAGCAUCGAUAGCGACGGAAAGCCUAGAAUGAAACGCAGAAAGGCCUACGUUGACAGCGAUGGAGAGUGGCAUCCAUCCGAGACAGAAUCCGACUCGGACUCGCAGCCCGACCUUAAGAUCGUCUCCACCGAGAAUGAAAUUUCAGCUGGUGAAGAAUCCGAAACUGAUGUUGAGGACAGCUCGAAGACCAAGAAGGGCAAGCGAACCAAGAAGAUCACACGCCGGCAGAAGCCGCUCAAGGUGCUAAACGAUGACCCAGAUGAUCCCGGAUACAGUCGGGAGAAGGCCCUGCGUCCUGACCCGUUUGAGUUCGCUAACAAAGUCCCCUUGGAACUGAACAUGCCCGAUAUCGACGACAACGACAUCCUGCCCAGUCACAAAAUGCCCAAAUCGGUCAAGCAUCCCCGGCUCACGUCCACACUGCCUAACAGGAGUACGGCUGCUAGGAGGAGCCUGGCGGCGGUGAAGAAGGUACCGGCGGGAACAAAAGUGUCAGCUGCGAAGAAGAUUCCAGAGGCGAGGCGAGCUGUUGCUGUGAAGAAGGCUUCGGGUACGAAGAGGACUGCUGUUGCUGCUGCUACGAGGAAGAACAAGGAGGAUUUUCAUUGUGAGGGGCCGGCGAACACGGAGACUACUCCUGCCAACACGACUGGUACCAUGACGUCCCGUACGAUUAAGAAAGUUGGCGCCAAAUUAACACCAGUGUCGAAGAAAGAUGAGGUCGAGGCCGGUCCCAUUGCGCCUGAGACUCCGCUCGCAGCUCGAGAGCUGUCCAAGGCUUCUGCCCCUGCCACCGCUCCAGCUCCAGGCCAGGCAUCUUCCUCUGCUGCCGCUGCGGCCCUACCCAAUACCCCCGGUGUUAAUCCUGCGCUCGAGCUCAAGGCCUCCACGGGAUCUGCUCCCAUGCAGAAAGCAGUGGCUGGCAUGGCGCCCGACACACCUCCCACGUCCCGUCGGCCUUCAGUUAUGACAUCUACGCUUGAUCAGGAGCCAAUUGAUGCGACUAUUACCUCCGCUUAA